AUGAAUGACACACCUACUAUCAAUGACAUACCAACAACUACAAACAAAGCAACUAUCACUGAUAUACACAACACUCACUCUACAACAAACACUUCAAAAUACCAAGACACAAGCAAUCCAACUACCACAAACAAUCAACUACCAAAAACAUCCAAAAACCACAAACACCAAACUAAAACAAAAAACCAAACACCACCCAAAAACUCCAAACAAACAAACAACCCAACCACAAAACACAAUCCACAAAACAAACAUAAACAAAACCCCCAAAACACCAACAAACCCCAAAACUCAACCACAACAAACAACCCCAAACCACAAAACCAAACCAACCAAAAAACAAACACCACAAACACUCCAACAACCACAAACACUCCAACUACAACAAACACUCCAACUACCACAAACAAUCGACCAACCACAAACACUCCCGAUACCAGAAACAAUCCCACUACCACAAACACUCCAUCAACUACAAAAACUGAAACCACCACAAACACUCCAACUACCACAAACACUCCAACUACCACAAACACUCCAACUACCACAAGCACUCCAACAACCACAAAAACUGAAACCACCACAAACACUCCAACUACCACAAACACCCCAACUACCACAAACACUCCAACUACCACAAACACUCCAACUACCACAAGCACUCCAACAACCACAAAAACUGAAACCACCACAAACACUCCAACUACCACAAACACUCCAACUACCACAAACACCCCAACUACCACAAACACUCCAACUACCACAAACACUCCAACUACCACAAACAAUCCCACUACCACAAAGCAAUCCCACUACCACAAACACUCCAACACUCCAACAACCACAAAAACUGAAACCACCACAAACAAUCCAACUACCACAAACAAUCCAAAAACCACAAACAUUCCAAAAACCACAAACAAUCCAAAAACCACAAACACUCCAACAACCACAAACACUCCAACAACCACAAACAUUCCAACGACCCACAAGACUCCAACAACCACAAAAACUGAAACCACCACAAACAAUCCAAUCCAAAAACCACAAACAUUCCAAAAACCACAAACAAUCCAAAAACCACAAACAUUCCAACGACCACAAAGACUCCAACAACCACAAAAACUGAAACCACCACAAACAAUCCAACUACCACAAACAAUCCAAAAACCACAAACAUUCCAAAAACCACAAACAAUCCAAAAACCACAAACACUCCAACAACCACAAACACUCCAAACUCCAACUACCACAAACACUCCAGCUACCACAAACAAUCGAACAACCACAAACACUCCCGAUACCUUAAACACUCCAACUAACACAACCACUCCAACUACCACAAACACUCCAACAAACACAAACAAUCCCACUACCACAAACACUCCAGCUACCACAAACAAUCGAACAACCACAAACACUCCAACUACCACAAACACUCCAGCUACCACAAACAAUCGAAAAACCACAAACACUCCAACUACCACAAACACUCCAACUACCACAAACACUCCCACAACCACGGACACUCAAACUACCACAGACACUCAAACCUCCAGAAACACCCCGACUACCACAAACACUCCCACUACCACGGACACCCAAACUACCAUGGAACCGCCAGCUACUACAAACACUCUAACUACAGCAAAAAUUAUAUUUACAUCAACCAGUCAAAUUAAAACUGACAAUUUAACAACCACAAACACUCCAACUACUACAAGCACUAAAUCUACAACAAACAAUCCAACUUCCACAAACACUCCCACUACAACAAAUAGUCAAACCACAACAAACACUCACACCACCACUAACACUCCGACUUCCGCAAAUACUCAAAGUAGCACAAUCACUUCCACUACCACAAAUGAUCCGAUUACCACAAACAGUCAAACUACAACAAACAUUCCCACUACCACAAACACCCCAACUUCAACAAACACUCCCACUACCACAAAAACUCCCACUACCACAAAUCAUUUCCUAAGCACAAACAUUCCCUCUACCAACGACACUCAAAUGGCUACAAAUAACCCCACUUCCACAAACAAUCCAACAACCACAAGCACUCAACCUACUAUAAACACUCUAACUACCACAAACACUCAAACUACGACCAACAUUCCAACUACUACACACAUUCCAAUUAUCAAAAGCACUCAACAAACCACUGACACUCCAACUACUACAAACAUGUCCUCUACAAAAACCACAAACACACCAAUAGUCACAAACCCUCCGACUACCACAAACACUCCAAUAGUCACAAACCCUCCGACUACCACAAACACACCAAUAGUCACAAACCCUCCGACUACCACAAACACACCAAUAGUCACAAACCCUCCGACUACCACAAUCACUCCAACAACCACAAAUGCCCCCACUACCACAAACACUCCAACUAUCACAAACACACCAAUAGUCACAAACCCUCCGACUACCACAAUCACUCCAACAACCACAAAUGCCCCCACUACCACAAACACUCCAACUAUCACAAACACACCAAUAGUCACAAACCCUCCGACUACCACAAACACUCCAACAACCACAAAAACUGAAACCACCACAAACACUCCAACUACCACAAACACUCCAACUACCACAAACACUCCAACACCAAAACCACAAAAACACCACAAAAAUCAACAACACAAACAAGCCAAACAAACCACAAAAACAACCACAAACCUCCAACACACAAACAACCCAACACCACAACAAAAAACACCAACAAACAUCCACACACAAACCUCACACACAACACUCCAACUACCCACAAAACCACCAUACCAACAAACCAACCAACUCCACAACAUCAAACAAACAACAAACAAUCCAACUACCACAAACACUCCAACUACCACAAACACUCCAACUACCACAAACACUCCAACUACCACAAACACUCCAACUACCACAAACAUCCACUACCACACUACCACAAACACUCCAACCACCAGAAACACUCCAACAACCACAAAAACUCCAACUACCACAAACACUCCAACUACCACAAACACUCCAAGUAUCACAACCACUCCAACAACCACAAAAACUGAAACUAUCACAACCACUCCAACUACCACAAACACUCAAACUACCUCAAUCACUCCAACUACCACAAACACUCCAACUACCACAAAUAAUCCAACUUCUACAAACAUUCCCACUACCACAAACAAUCCGACUACCACAAACACUCUCACUACCACACACACUCCAACAAUCACAAACACUCCAACUACCACAAACACUCCAACUACCACAACCACUCCAACUAUCGCAAACACUCCAACCACCAGAAACACUUCAAUUACCACAAAAACUGAGACUACCACAAACACUCCAACAACCACAAACACUCCCACAACCGCAAACACUCCCACUACCUCAAUCACUCUAACUACCACAAACACUCCAACUACCACAAACACUCCCACAACCGCAAACACUCCCACUACUACAAACACUCCAACUACCACAAACAUUCCAACAACCUCAAACACUCAAACUACCACAAACACUCAAACUACAAUAAACAACCCAACUAAAACAAACACUUCAGCUACCGCAAAUACUCCAACUACAUCAAACACCACAACUACCACAGAUUCUCACCUUACAAACAAAGCUACUUCAAUGCGUACUUUAUCCACACAUGCUGCCAUAGAAAACUCAACCGUAAUAAAUGCAAUUCCGGCAAUAACACACAGUUUUACAACCGAGUCCUCUGCUGAAAUCACGAACAUCUAUAUGUCUGAUCGAAUCUCAUUCAUAGAGUUACUAAAUAGUAUGUUGAACAUUAAUACGACACCAUCUGAUGUAUUAAACAGUUCAUCCGCAAAUGUGGAAAAAACAACCAUACCACCGACUAACACGUUUACCGCAAUAGCUUCAACAACGUCAUUCGCUACUACCAUCAAACCUAUAUAUAAACAUACAAAUAAUACAAACAUGUCCACUUUCACAAACCAAAAUAAUCCCACAAACCUUUCAGAUACUACAAACCUGCCAAAAACAACAGAAACUCAAGCUACAACAAACCCGGCCACUACUACUAACAUCCCUACUACCACAAAUACUCCAACUACCACAAACACUCCCACUACCACAAACACUCCAAGAGUCACAAACCAUCCCACUACCACAACAACUCAAACUAUCACAAACACUCAAACUGCCACAAACACUCAAAGUACUACACACAUACCUACUACCAAAAACAAGCCAACUCCUGCAAACUCGCUCACCACCACACACAAACAAACUACUACAAACUCGCACACUACCACAAACACGCCCACUACCUCAAACAUACAAGCAACCGCAAACACGUUUAUGACUGAUCGAAUCUCAUUCUUAGAGUUACUAAAUAAAAUGUUGAGCAUGGAUACGACAGCAUCUGAUACAUUGGACAGUACAUCCACAAGUGUUGAAAAUACAACCAUACCACCGACUAACAGGUCUUACACGAUAGUGAUGACAGCCAGGCCAAUUACAACGUCAUCUGAAAUUACCAAAAAACAAAUAAAUGCGCAUACAGGCACAAACAACACCACUACAGUCACUCUCUCAGAUAAAACUACACAUACAAGCACAAACAACACCCCUUCAAUCACCACCACAAAUAAAACCACUUCUACCACGCCCAUAAAUAAGACUAAACAUACAGACACAAACAACAUCCUUUCAAUCACCACGACAAAUAAAACUACACACACAGGCACAAACAGUACCCCUUCAAUCACCACCACAAAUGAAACUACACAUACAAACGAAAUCAUUACUACAAGCAUGACUACUCCAAAACAAACUGCUACAACUUCUCCCUCUCGUACAAUGAAAACAACUCAGAAUGUAAGGAGAUACCACACUGAACAUAAAGAUGACAAAGAGAGAGUUAUCCACGAUCCAAGUACUGAAAACAACGUAAGAACAGAACAUCAAGUACAAAGGACUUUGGAACAAAGCCGUAACAAUCCCAAAAAAGGUGCAAAAUCGAGGAGAAAGGUCGAUAAACCAGUGGACAAAAUAGGGAAGGUGAUAGCAAGUGAUCGAAUGGGCAGCCAAGUCAGCAACAUAAAACCAAACAGCUACGUAUCACACAACUUAGACCUGGAAACAAGAACAAAUCUUCCCUUUCCCAGUACUUUCGAAAAGAUGGAAAGAAAUCCUCAAAAAAUUACAAAUUACAACACAAAAUUUAAUUUCGACAGAAAGGGAAGAAAUAACAUUAAUGGAACCGACCAAAUUAGCAACAAUCAGCGUAUAUUGAAUCAUGUCGACAGGCUCUGGUCAGCGUAUAUACAAAGUACACCCGACGAUGUGAAAUCAAAAAACAUACGGAAUGUUGUCAACAAUGUCAGGUCAAAGAACAUUCGGAAUACUGUCAACCAGACAGAUAAUAAUAAUUACAGAUCAAUAAAUGUUGAAAAAGGACUUACGGGUUUUCAUGAAGGUGCUUUAGAUAUGAUCAACACAGAUAAACACAAAUCAAGUAUCUCCUUUAAAGUAGGAUCAUUCAACCGUAAAAUAAAUACGGUUGAAUAUCUUGGAGUAGACCAGAAUGAAAGUAAGCAUGCCGAGGUCACGCCACACAAUACAACACCAAGAACAGUUUACACUAAGGUCAUCAACAAUACAAUGAAUAUAUCAAAGACAGCUAACAAGAUGAUAACAAAUCAAACAACACCAAGAACUGCUACUAAAGUGGGAACCAACAUCAACACACCAAGAACUGCUACUAAAGUGGGAACAAAUAUCAACACACCAAGAGAUGUUACUAAAGUGGGAACAAACAUCAACACACCAAAAACUGCUACUAAAGUGGGAACAAACAUCAACACACCAAGAGAUGUUACUAAAGUAGGAACAAGCUUAAACCCACAACGAACUGUUACUAAAGUGGGAACAUACAUCAACGCACCAAGAACUGCAACCAAAGUAGGAACAAAUAUCAACACACCAAGAACUGUUACUAAAGUGGGAACACAUAUCAACACACGAAGAGAUGUUACUAAAGUAGGACCAAGCUUAAACACACCAAGAACUGCUACUAAAGUGGGAACAAACAUGAACACACCAAGAACUGUUACUAAAGUGGGAACAAAUAUCAACACACCAAGAGAUGUUACUAAAGUAGGACCAAGCUUAAACACACCAAGAACUGCUACUAAAGUGGGAACAAACAUCAACACACCAAGAGAUGUUACUAAAGUAGGACCAAGCUUAAACCCACAACGAACUGUUACUAAAGUGGGAACAUACAUCAACGCACGAAAAACUGCUACUAAAGUUGGAACAAGCUUAAACACACCAAAAACUGCUACUAAAGUGGGAACAAGUUUUAACCCAUCACGAACAAUUACUAAAGUGGGAACAAACAUAAACACACCAAGAACUGCUACUAAAGUGGGAACAAACAUCAACACACCAAGAGAUGUACCUAAAAUGGGAACAAGCUUAAACACAUCAAAAACUGCUACCAAAGUAGGAACAAACAUCAACACACCAAGAGAUGUACCUAAACUGGGAACAAGCUUAAACACACCCAGAACUGCUACUGAAGUGGGAACAAACAUCAACACAUCAAGAACUGCUACUAAAAAGGGACCAAACAUCAACACACCAAGAACUGCUACUAAAAUAGGAACAAGCUUAAACACACCAAGAACUGCUACUAAAAUUGGAACAAGCUUAAACCCACCAAGAACUGCUACUAAAGUGGAAACAAACAUCAACACACCAAGAACUGCUAAUAAUGUAGGAACAAGCUUAAACACACCAAGAACUGCUACUAAAGUAGGAACAAACAUCAACACACCAAAAGAUGUAGCUAAAAUGGGAACAAGCGUGAACACACCUAAAACUGCUACUAAAGUGGAAACAAACAUCAACACACCAAGAACUGCUACUAAUGUAGGAACAAGCUUAAACAUACCAAGAACUGCUACUAAAGUUGAAACAAACAUCAACACACCAAGAACUGCUACUAAAGUGGAAACAAACAUCAACAUACCAAAAACUGCUACUAAAGUGGGAACAAACAUCAACACACCAAGAGAUGUUACUAAAGUAGGAACAAGCUUAAACACACCACGAACUGCUACUAAAGUGGGAACAUACAUCAACGCACGAAAAACUGCUACUAAAGUUGGAACAAGCUUAAACACACCAAAAACUGCUACCAAAGUGGGAACAAACAUCAACACAUCAAGAACUGUAACUAAAGUGGGAAUAAGCUUAAACACACCAAGAACUGCUACUAAAAUGAGAACAAACAUGAACACACCACAAACUGUUACUAAAUUGGGAACUAACAUCAACCCACCAAGAACUGCUACUAAUGUAGGAACAAGCUUAAACAUACCAAGAAAUGCUACUAAAGUAGGAACAAGCUUAAACACACCAAGAACUGCUACUAAAGUGGGAACAAACAUCAACACACCAAGAACUGCUACUAAAGUAGGAACAAACAUCAACACACCAAGAGAUGUACCUAAAAUGGGAACAAGCUUAAACAUACCAAGACCUGCAACUAAAAUGGGAACAAUCAUCAACACACCAAGAUAUGUUACUAAACUGGGAACAAGCUUAAACCCACCGCAAACUGCUACUAAAGUGGGAACAAACAUCAACAAACCAAGAUAUGUUACUAAAAUGGGAACAAGCUUAAACACACCAAAAACUGCUACCAAAAUGGGCACACACAUGAACACACAAAUAACUGUUACUAAAGGAAGAACAAACUUAAACACACCAAAAACUGCUACUAAAAUGGGAACAAACAUCAACACACCAAUAGAUGUACCUAAAAUGGAAAAAAGCUUAAACACACCAAGAACUGAUACUGAAGUGGAAACAAACAUCAACACACCAAGAGAUGUCACUAAACUGGGAACAAGCUUAAACACACCCAGAACUGCUACCAAAGUGGAAACAAACAUCAAGACACCAAGAACUGCUGCUAAAGUAGGAACAAACAUCAACACACCAAGAGAUGUACCUAAAAUGGAAACAAGCUUAAACACACCAAGAACUGCUACCAAAGUGAGAACAAACAUCAACACACCAAGAACUGCUACCAAAGUGAGAACAAACAUCAACACAUCAAAAACUGUUACUAAAGUGGGAACAAGCUUAAAUAUACCAAAAGUUGCUAUUAAAGUAGGAACAAGCGUAACCACAUCAAGAACUGCUACUAAAGUGGCAAAAAAUAUCAACACACCAAGAACUGAUACUAAAGUGGGAGCAAAUAUUAACACACCAAGAACUGCUACUAAAAUGGGAACAAACAUCAACCCACCAAGAACAGCUACUAAAGUAGGAAUAAGCUUAAACAUACCAAGAACUGCUACUAAAGUGAAAAAAAGCUUAAACCCACAAAGAACUUCUACUAAAGUGGGAAUAAACAUCAACACACCAAAAACUGCUACUAAAAUGGGACCAAACAUCAACACACCAAGAACUGCUACUAAAAUGGGACCAAACAUCAACACACCAAGAACUGCUACUAAAGGGGGAACAAACAUCAACACACCAAAAACUGCUACUAAAAUGGGACCAAACAUCAACACACCAAGAACUGCUACUAAAGUGGGAAUAAGCUUAAACACACUAAGAACUGCUAUUAAAAUGGGAAGACACUUCAACACACCAAGAACUGCUACUAAAGGGGGAACAAACAUCAACACACCAAAAACUGCUACUAAAAUGCGACCAAACAUCAACACACCAAGAACUGCUACUAAAGUGGGAAUAAGCUUAAACACACUAAGAACUGCUAUUAAAAUGGGAAGAAACUUCAACACACCAAGAACUGCUACUAAAGGGGGAACAAACAUCAACACACCAAAAACUGCUACUAAAAUGCGACCAAACAUCAACUCACUUAGGAACGCUAUUGAAGUUCGAUCAAACACCAAAACACCAGGAACUAUUUCCAAAGUUGAUAUCAAUCGAAUCACACAAAAGAAAGCUUAUAAAUUGGUAAAUACGAGAACAAACCAAAACACACCAAACGCAAUUUCUGAAGAGAGAACGAAAUAUAACAUACCAAGAACCGUUACUGAGUUAGGAACGAACCUUAACACACCGGGAACCGAUACCAAAAUGAGAAUGGGUCACAACAAACAGAAGACAGUUAACAAAUUGGGAACAAGCCAAAACAUACCAACCACCGUUACUGAAGUAACAUCAUAUCAAAACAACCACACAACCAGUGCUAAAUUUGGAAGAAACUACAACAUACCUAGAAUCGUAACGAAAGUGGGAACAAACAUAAACCAUUCUAGAAGCGAUACCACAGUGGGGACAACACACAAUCGACCUAAAAUCGUUACUACUUUGGAGACAAACCUUAACAAACCUAGACCCGUAACCAAAGUGGGGACAAACCUCAAACAACCUAAAGCAGUUACCAAAGCGGGGACAAGUCUUAACCCACCUAGAACCGAAACAAAAUUGGGGACAAACCAAAACAGUCCAAGAACAGUUUACAAAACGGAGAUAAACAGCAACCAACCUAAAACCGAUACAAAGGUGGGGACAAGCCUUAACAAACCUAGAACAGUCACCAAAGUGGGGACAAGUCGAAACCAGCCUAGAAACGAUACUAAAGUGGAGAGAAAACUCAACCAACUUAGAACCGUUACAAAAGUUGGGACAAAACGCAACCAACCUAGAACAGAUACCAAAGUGAGGACAAACCUUAACAAACCCAGAACAGUAACCAAAAUGGUAACAAAACUCAACCUAGCUAAAAUCAUCACCAAAGGUGGGACCAAUCUCAACAAACCUAAGACAAAUACCAAAGUGGGUACAAACCAAAACAGACCUAGAACAGUUACAAAAGUAGGAACAAAUCUCAACCAACCAAGAACCGCUAACAAAAUGUGGACAAACCUCAACCAACCUAAGACCAAUACCGAGGUUAGAACAAACCAAAACAAACUUAAAACAGAUACCAAAAUGAACUCAAAACUCAACCAACCUAGAACCGUUACCAAAGUUGGGACAAACCUCAACCGACCUAGAACCGUUACAAAAGUUGGGACAAACCAAAUCAAACCUAGAACCGUCAUCAAAGCGGGGACAAACCUCAACCAGCCUAGGACCGCUACCAAAGUGGGGACAAAACUCAACCAACCUAGGGCCGAUUCCAAAGUGGGGACAACACUCAACCAACAUCGAACCGCUACCAAAUUGAGUACAAACCUCAACCAACCUAGGACAAAUACCAAAGUUGGGACAAACCAAACAAACUUAAAACUGUUACCAAAAUGA